AUGCCUUUCAUUCAAGGCAGCAAUGAGGAGGUGACGACCGAUGAUAUUCUUCGGGGUAUCGGGGGAUGGGUUGCCGACUCCCCGGGGCUCACAGCUGCGGUUGAGCUUGACGGGGAAGACGAUGGCGUCUUGGCUGAUAAACCGCCACAUCCUGACAGAAACGUCCGCGAUGCUCCACGUACUGGGUCAUACACGUAUAUCACGCGCCGUUUGAUCAUCCUGAUUUCCUCCGUCGCCACAGCCAUCAUCUUCCUGUACCGAACCGUGCCUACCAGAACCCCCCUCGCUUUGAAACAUGCCGCGAGGGACAUCAAAGUCAGGACUAAGGUUCUAGCAUGA